CACAAAGCAUCAAAGGCGAAGAUUCUAAUGGGCGAUCAUCAUGAAAUGGGAGGUUUUCUCACUCUCACACAACAUGAACAUCAUGAUCGUGCUACUCAUAAAAAUAUUAAAUUUCAUGCUUCUUCAUCAUCUCCUGAUCUACGAGGACGUGGCUUCACGCAACAACCAAAUCUUGCACCAGUAAAAAAAGAUGACAGGAGGAGUGACGAGGACGUGUCUGAAGAUGACAGUGCCGAGGACGAG